AACACUAAAAUGGAGAGAGUUGCGGAGAAAUUAGCAAAAAUCCGUUCGCAGCUUACAAAACCUAGUUCACUAUUCUUUCUCUACUUCAUUUACUUCUUGUUCUUCUCUGUUUUAGGGUUCUUAGCUCUCAAAAUCACAAGGCCAAGAACCACUUCACGUCCUCAUGACUUGGACCUUUUCUUCACUUCUGUUUCGGCCAUCACCGUCUCUUCUAUGUCCACCGUUGACAUGGAAGUCUUCUCCAACAUCCAACUUAUCUUUCUCACUGUCCUCAUGUUCCUUGGCGGCGAAAUCUUCACAUCUUUUCUCAGCCUUUACUAUUCCCAUUUCACUAACUUUGUCUUCCCUCAUAACAAGAUUAGACAUCUUAUAAAUUCUUUUAAUAUGGACCGACCAAUCGAGGAAGGCCAAAGUGACCUCGAGACUGUAGUAGAUCAUUGCGAGGAUCGUCUUAGCAAGAUCGAUGAAAGGGCUUCUAAGUGCUUGUACUAUGUGGUUCUUAGUUACCAUCUUGUAUCAACCCUAGCUGGCUCUGUGUUGCUUCUUGUGUACGUAAACUUUGUUAAAUCUGCGGGAGAUGUUCUUAGUUCCAAAGGAAUCUCACCUCUCACCUUCUCCGUCUUCACCACUGUCUCCACGUUUGCAAACUGCGGAUUUCUCCCCACGAAUGAGAACAUGGUCAUCUUUCGCAAGAACUCUGGUCUCCUCUGGCUCUUAAUCCCUCAAGUACUAAUGGGAAACACAUUGUUCCCUUGUUUCUUGGUGUUGUUCAUUUGGGGACUUUACAAGAUCACAAAGCGAGAAGAGUUUAGUUACAUUCUCAAGAACCACAAAAAGAUGGGAUACUCUCAUCUAUUCUCCGUUCGUGUAUGUGUUCUUCUUGGAUUGACAGUGUUAGGGUUUCUGAUGGUACAGCUUCUUCUCUUUUCCGCCUCUGAGUGGAGCUCCAAGUCUCUCGAAGGAAUGAGUUCGUACGAGAAGUUGGUUGGAUCGUUGUUUCAAGUGGUGAAUUCGAGACACGCCGGGGAAAGCAUUGUCGACCUCUCUACACUUUCCCCAGCUAUCUUGAUACUCUUCAUAGUUAUGAUGUAUCUUCCUUCAUACACGUUACUUAUGCCCUUGGCGACAGAACAAAAGACGAUAAAGAAAGAAGGAGAUGAUGAAGAUGAUUCCGAAAAUAGAAAGAAUGUGACAUAUCAUAGGCUGUUCGUGUCACAACUUUCCUUUUUGACGAUUUGUAUCUUUCUCAUUUCAAUCACCGAAAGGCAAAAACUACAAAGAGAUCCACUCAACUUCAACGUCCUUAACAUCACUCUAGAAGUUAUCAGUGCAUUUGGAAAUGUUGGUUUCUCGACCGGGUAUAGCUGUGAACGGCGUCUCAACAUCAGCGAUGGUGGCUGCGAAGACGCGAGUUAUGGAUUCGCAGGACGAUGGAGUCCAAAUGCAAAAUUUGUACUAAUAAUAGUAAUGUUUUAUGGUAGGUUUAAGAACUUCACAGCCAAAUCUGGCCGAGCAUGGAUACUUUAUCCUACCUCUUCCUAACAUCACCAUAUAUAUAGUAAGCACUAGUCUAUCGAAUGUCACGUUAGCUAAGGUUUAUUCUUUUUGUGUAUGAAAUAUGUACUAUAAGAUUUGUUUUUCUUCUUGUUCUCUUUUGUAGUAUAAGUUUGUUUGUAGUU